AUGGCUAUAGAAAGCGAAACCAAAGGCAUCAGAAUCGCUAUUGACAGGGGCGGCACAUUCUGUGACUUGAAUCCUGGAGAAUAUGAUGAUGCACCUAUCGAAGGCAUCCGGCAGAUUCUUGAACAGGCUACUGGUCAGACUAUUCCUAGAGGUACACCUCUGGACAUCACGCCAGUAGAGUCGAUACGUAUGGGCACAACUGUUGCAACAAAUGCCCUCUUAGAACGAAAAGGCGAGCGAGUCGCCCUUUUAAUUACAAAAGGUUUCAAAGAUCUUCUAGUUAUUGGCAAUCAAGCCCGCCCUAGCAUCUUCGAUCUAUCCGUUUCGAAACUCGAUCGUUUAUAUGAGAAAGUCAUUGAAGUAGAAGAGAGAGUCACUAUAGAAGGCUUCGCCGAAGAUCCGGAACCUCAACCCAUUGAUAUAAAAUCCGACCCAGCCUUAGUCGAAGGCCUUACCGGAGAAGCUAUCCGCAUUUUGCAACAACCAGAUCUUACGCAAGUCCGCCAAGACCUUCAAAAGUUAUGGGAUGAAGGGUACCGCACCCUGGCUAUUGCGUUUAUGCAUUCAUUUGCAUUCCCGGAUCAUGAAGCUGCCGUGGCAGCGAUUGCACGUGAGAUCGGGUUUAGAGCAUCGGUCUCUUCGGAGUUACAGCCUAUGAUCCGAAUUGUUCCUCGAGCUCAAUCGGCAACAGCGGAUGCUUAUUUAUCUCCGGUUAUUGCUCAGUAUAUUGAAGGUUUCCGUUCGGGCUUCAAGGGCCGGUUGGAAGAUCAUAACGCCAAGAAAUUACUUUUAUGUCAGUCAGAUGGCGGUCUUACCUCAUUCACUAGAUUUACCGGAUUACGAGCGAUUCUCUCUGGACCUGCUGCUGGCGUUAUUGGGUGUGCUCGCACUUGCUAUGAUGAGGAAGAUGGAACGCCCGUGCUUGGUUUCGAUAUGGGAGGAACAAGUACAGAUGUCUCCCGGUAUAGUGGUUCGUUCGAACACGUCUUUGAAACCACCGUCUCGCAAGUCGCCCUUCAAAGCCCUCAGUUAGACGUCCACACUGUAGCUGCAGGUGGAGGCUCCAUGCUUUUUUGGCGCAAUGGCCUGUUUGUCGCGGGUCCCGAAUCUGCAGGUGCAUAUCCAGGGCCCGCAUGUUAUGGCAAAGGCGGUCCUCUUACAAUCACGGAUGCAAAUUUCUUCCUCGGCCGUAUUCUGCCAGACUACUUUGCGCGUCCUCUAGACUUUGAUGUUGUUAAGAAGAAAUUCUUGGAACUUACCGAGGUUGUUAAUGCGGAAAAGAAAGGCACAGAAACUCUUACACCGGAGGAGAUUGCGAUGGGCUUUCUUCUUGUGGCGAAUGCAUCCAUGACAAGACCAAUUCGAGCCCUGAGCGAAGGACGUGGUUAUGAGACUGCUGCUCACAACCUCGUCUGUUUUGGCGGUGCUGGUGGACAACAUGCCACUGCCAUUGCACGGGAUCUCGGUAUCAAACGAGUGCUGAUUCACCGUUUCUCUAGCAUCUUGUCGGCCUAUGGAAUGGCUCUGGCGGAUGUGGUUGUUGAGCUCCAAGAGCCGGAGUCUGGUGUUUACAACAAGGACUCUGCUCCUCGUAUUGAGAAGAGAGCCGGUGCUCUCCGUCAGCGAAGCACUAAGCAGCUGCUUGAGGAAGGCUUUUCCGAAGAUCAGAUUUCACAUGAAGUGUUCCUCAACAUGCGUUAUCGCGGAAGCGAUACUUCACUUAUGAUUGCCGAGUCUGACGCCGCCACCUUUUCUGAGGGAUUCAUUGCUCGCCACAAACGCGAGUUUGGCUUUACCCAACCGCGCGAAAUCCUAGUUGAUGACGUGCGACUUCGAUCAGUCGGCAAAGCUGUGGAUGUCAAGAUCAAGAGCCCUUUUCAACAGCUGAAAGAGAUCAAUCGCUCAAAUCAGCAAGACCUGAAACCAGCUCUGGUACGAAAAGUAUACUUUGAAAAAGAGGGGUGGACAGACUCGCGCAUCUUCCAUCUUCAAGACGUACCCAAGGGAAGCGUUAUACUAGGCCCAGCCAUGAUCAUUGAUGCAACUCAGACCAUCGUCGUUGACCCGGCCAGUGAGGCAACUGUCUUGGAUGAACAUGUUGUCAUCGAUCUAUUAGACGCUGAGACCAAGAAGAUUUCUGCAGAUGAGGUUGACCCUAUUCAGCUCUCCGUCUUCAGUCAUCGCUUUAUGAGCGUUGCUGAGCAGACGGGUGAGACCCUCCGAAAGACUUCAAUAUCGACAAAUAUCAAGGAGCGUCUUGACUACAGUUGCGCAGUCUUUUCAGCUGAUGGUCAAUUGGUCGCUAAUGCGCCUCACAUACCCGCCCACUUGGGAUCAAUGUCCUACGCAAUUGCGUACCAGGCAAGACGAUACGCAAAAGGAGAACUGAAACCCGGCGAUGUCAUUUUAUCAAACCAUCCUAUUGCCGGUGGUACCCACCUUCCAGAUUUGACUGUAACGACACCUGUCUUCGACGAAAACGAUCCUACAAAGAUUCUCUUCUUUGUCGCAAACCGUGGCCACCAUGCUGAUAUCGGUGGAAUUGCUGCGGGAAGUAUGCCACCCAAUUCGACUGAAUUGUGGCAGGAAGGKGCCGCUAUCGAAUCUUUCAAGCUAGUAAAAGAGGGUAUCUUUGAUGAAGAGGGUGUCACUCAUCUUCUCUACGAGGUUCCGGCUCAAUAUCCUGGCUGCAGUGGCACGAGAACUUUGAAUGACAACAUUUCCGAUCUCAAAGCAGGAAUUGCGGCAAACAACAAGGGCAUUCAUUUGAUCCAAGGUCUGGUCCGCGAAUACAGUUGGCCUGUCGUCGAGCUGUACAUGCAUGCAGUUCAAAAGAAUGCCGAAGAUACCGUUCGCGGCUUACUCAAGGACUUUAGUCGUCGCUUCCAAGGUCAACCUCUCGAGGCAGUUGAUUACAUGGAUGAUGGAACUCCAUUGGUACUAAAAAUCACCAUCGACCCAACCGACGGAUCCGCCAAAUUCGACUUUACCGGCACCGGACCCGAAGCGCUAAACAAUCUCAACAGCCCACCAGCAGUUAUGUACAGCGGUAUUAUGUACUGUCUCCGAUCCAUGAUUUCCUCCGACAUUCCCUUAAACCAAGGCUGUUUGGCGCCGAUCAACGUCAUCUGUCCACCCAACACAAUCCUGUCACCAAGCAUGAAAGCCGCAACUGUAGGGUCAAACGUUGAGACAGCACAACGGAUUAUCGAUGUCAUCUUGAAAGCAUUCAGAGUCAUGGGUGCCAGUCAAGGAACAUGCAACAACCUCACUUUUGGCUACGGUGGUAAAGAUCCCGUUACUGGUGCUGUGACGAAGGGCUUUGGAUACUACGAGACUAUUGCCGGUGGUGCGGGCGCAGGUGCGAACUGGGAGGGUCAAUCAGGUGUUCAUACCGGUAGCACAAACACGCGCAUGACUGACCCAGAGACCUUCGAGAAACGCUAUCCUGUUCUUCUUCGUGAGUUCAGUAUUCGCAAGGGCAGUGGUGGUGGUGGUAGAAACCGGGGUGGUGAUGGCUGCAUUCGCGACAUUGAGUUGCGACGACCAUUGCAAGUAAGCAUCUUGUCUGAAAGACGAGUUGUUGCACCGUAUGGUAUGGCUGGKGGCGAAGAUGGAAAGAGAGGCGUGAAUCUGUGGAUUCGCAAGGAUCCCGUCGAUGGAUCUGUGCGAACAAUAUCCGUUGGUGCCAAGGCGUCAAUGGCGAUGAACACGGGUGAUAGAUUUAUUGUUCAGACUCCUGGUGGCGGUGGUUAUGGUGUUGCGGUGGAUAAGAAGCAAGCUGUUGAGGUUCUAGAUGAGUUUGUUGUCAAACGUGCUGCCGGCGUUCUCUCAGCUUGUCCACACAACACCAUCAUCGUCUCGAACGACAACUCUUCCACUUCUCCCAAGCACGCGCAUUUUACCUCAAUCCAAUCUGCAAUACUUUCACUACCUCACGACAACUCAUCAGCAACAAUCCUCAUUCGCGCCGGCAGCUACACUGAGCAAUUGAACAUUACUCGCCCGGGCCCUGUGACUCUACUCGGCGAAACAAGCCACGCUAAAAAUGCUAGCGAGAACCAGGUCACUGUCUACUGGAGUGCAGCGAACAAUGCUACAUAUCUCGACAAUGCAUUCACAAGUGUAUUGACAGUCGCACCCACGCAGAAUGCUUCACUUACCGGAGCUGGACCAACCGGGUGGCCUGUCCCUGUCGAUACUCCAUAUGGCAGUACUGAUUUCCGGGUUUACAACAUCGACUUCCGGAAUGUGUUCUCUGAGUACUCUGCGGGACCAUCGCUUGCUGUUAGUGUGAGCUAUGCCAAUGCUGGAUUUUAUUACUCUGGUUUCUAUUCUUACCAGGAUACGGUAUAUAUUGGCAAACUCGGCAAUGCCUACUUCUACGACUCCAUCAUCGCCGGCCAGACCGACUUCCUCUACGGAUUCGGCACAGCAUGGUUCCAGUCCUGCGCUCUACAGCUCCGCUCUUGCGGCGGCGGCAUUACGGCCUGGAAGGGCACAAACACCACCUACGCGAACAAAUUCGGAGUCUACAUUGUCGAUUCCACCAUCAACGCCGCCAAUGCCUCAAUUGCGGCUACUAUUGCGGGCAAAUGUGCACUUGGUAGACCAUGGAACGCCCUUCACAGGUCAAUCUUUGCGCGCACAUAUGAGGAUGCUAGUAUUAAAAGCAGUGGAUAUACAGAUUGGGUGAAUAAAGGUGUUGAGAAUUAUACACCGGGCGUCACGUUGCAGGCGGAGUUUGAGACGUAUGGACCCGGUUGGAAUGAGACGGGACGUAUUGCUGGGGGGUGGGAUACGAUCUUAAAUGAGACUGUGUGGAGAGAGUAUGAUGAGCCUGCUAAGGUGUUUCAGUUUGGAUAUGUAGGUGGUGGAUUUGGGUAUGUUGACUGGAUUGAUAGGACGCCUUGGGCUUAG